AUGGAAGAGGAGGCGGAACGUCCUUCAUCGCAAUCCUUUCUCGGUGGGCAUUGGGAAGGCUUCAAAGAGUUUUGGUCUGAGAGGUUCUCGUUUCUCAACGACUACUCCAGGUUCAUCCAGCCCGAUCAUCUCCUCCCGUCUUGGUCUAGCUCUGAUGUCGAGGAAUUCAUGGCUUCUGAUCCUAUUCAUGGACCCGUCCUGAGAACUGCUAGAGAAGCAGCGAAACUAAGCCUUACAGGAAGUGUUCUCGGAGCAGUAUCUACUGCAGGUUUUGCCUAUAGAUAUUCACGGAGUCCUCAUGGUGCGGCACUGUCUUUUCUGGCUGGAGGUGUAUUUGGAUUCACAUUCGGACAUGAAAUUGCAAAUCACGCAUUUCAACUUUACAGACUGGACACAGUGGCUGCACAAGCCAAGUUCUUGGAAUGGUGGCAAAAGAAGAGUGAAGGAAGGUCUUAAAGCACUUGGCUUCGGGGUUCUUUCUGCAACUUUUGUUGGAAUUUCUGCAGAAUUGAGAAUUGAUUUCAUUCAUGCCAAUGCAAAUUAUGCAAUGGUUCAUUGAUCAUUGAAUAAGUAACUUAUGAUGCAUCUUUACACUUUUAACUAGUCGAGUGAUUCCAUAUCUUGGUCGCAGAACAUGUUGA